AUGGCGAGCGUUCCCUGGGACUCGCCAUACCCACGGCACUCCGGGCUUGCCAUACCCAGAAUGUAUGGAGUGUGGGACUUGCCAUACCCACUGUACGCGAUCUCCCCGUUGGCCCCGACGUCUCGGCGGCCGGUGUCCUGUCCCGCAUGGGUGCCCAUGGAGACGAGGACCUUCCUGAGAUUUACGACAAUUUAUGAAAACCGAAUACAUAGCCAGAAAGUAGAAUGUGGACCUAAAUACUCAGAAACUCCUCCGCCAGUUAGAUUUGUAACAAAAAUUAAUAUUAACGGAAUAAAUAAUUCCAAUGGAAUGGUGGAUGCUCAGAACAUAUCAGUGUUAGCAAAACGGAAAAAUUUGCAUAGCAUUAAAGUUGGACUUCAAGAGCUUAGAUGUCUAAUGACGUCCAAAGAAAAUAUGAGGCUUCCACAGCCACCCAAAGCACAAACAUACAACAAUUAA